GUCCCGUCCACAAUCCACAUACCGAUUGAGUUAGAUUCACAUUAAACAAAGUCAAACCAAUCUUGUCUUUCUUAACCCAACCAAUUAACCAAGUCUCUCUCCCUCUCCUCCUCCUUAACCAAUUAACCAAAUCUCUCUCCCUCUCCUUCUCCUGCUUAGAGAGAGAAAAAGAUGGCAGCGGCGGCAGGGGUUGGAGUUGGAGGAGGUGAUGUUUGGAAGGACACAUGAGGCCAUGGCAGCGGUUCAGCUCUUCAGCGGAGGAUAUCAUACAGAUUCGACAACCAAUGAAUAGACGCCUCUUCAUGUCCUUUUUCUUUCUUGGGUUAACUGGGAUCUUUGGCAACCAGCUUUUGUUUCUUAUUGGUCUUGGCUACACAAAUCCAACUUAUGCUGCGGCCAUACAGCUUGCUAUCCCAGUUUUCACGCUUAUCCUUGCUGUUUUAAUGGGUACAGAAAGAGUGAACUUGCUUAGAACUGAAGGGCAGGCCAAGGUUGGUGGUGCACUUUUAUGUGUUUCUGGAGCCAUAUUAAUGGUCUCAUUUCCUGGACCUCCUUUGAUUGGAUAUACAGAACCAGACUUUGCAGCACAGAGCGAAAUAAGUGCCAAAGGUCAACUAGAGCCAGCUGGAUGGUUGAUGUCUAGCUUUCUAGAGUUUGGGCUAAAUCAUUUUCAUCUUGGAGUUUUAUGCUUAUUGGGGAACUGUAUGUGCAUGGCCGCUUUUUUAGCCCUCCAGGCUCCACUUUUGAAAAGAUAUCCUGCCAACCUGUCAGUUACAGCAUAUUCAUACUUCUUCGGUGCACUAUUGAUGGUGGUUACUGCAUUAUUUAUGACAAACGAGUCAACAGACUGGAGCUUGACACACUCUGAGUUUUUUGCUGUUAUUUACGCUGGAACUGUUGCAUCUGCCCUUAAUUAUGGAUUGCUGACGUGGAGCAAUAAGAUUUUGGGGCCUGCUUUGGUUGCUCUUUAUAAUCCACUUCAACCUGCAGCUUCGGCUUUUUUGUCAAGAAUUUUCCUUGGAAGCCCAGUUUAUUUGGGAAGUGUCUUAGGUGGAAUACUAAUUAUUGCUGGUCUGUAUGUGGUAACUUGGGCGUCUUUGAAAGAAAGACAAGCAGCUUUGGAAGUCGUUAUACCUCACGUUGCUCGGGGGUCGGAACCUCUCAUCCAGAAAGAUGCAACUAUUAACAAGAUACCAUACGAGAGAGGACUGAUUUUCUCAGGGCCUUCCAGUUCAGUACCAAAAUCGGCAGAUUAAGAAAACAUGUGAUGGGAAUUUGGAGAGUAAACCAGUUGAGGAGAAUUGCUCAAAAUAUCCAUCCUUGUUUAAUUUGUCUGAAAUUGAUUUUCCUUUGUCGUGGGAAGAGGAUCCUCAUUUUAAAUAUAUAAAAAAUCAAAUGAUUUAUGACCGCAUGAUGCACGAUGAAUGAUUAAGAUAUGAGGAUCCUAUGAUCCCCACAAUUUGGA